GGCUGGUGUAUUGCUGUAUGAGGGAGGGGGCUGUGUGGUCGUGGCAGAGCUUUGAAGAUCAGUCAUCAGAGCUCAGGGGCCCGGGGACGGAGACAGAGCAGGCAGUCAAAAUGCUCAUAUGUGGCGAGCGGAGCUGAAAUCUCAGCGCAACUGGAUAAAAAAAAAAGAGAAGUGGCGUCCGGAUGGAGCUUAAAAAAUGACAGGAAUAUUACAUACUGGGUGUUUUCUCUUAAAUGGAUUACCUAAGGAACAUGAUAUUCAGUCGGAUUGCCCAAUUGCGUGAAUUCGGAUUCUCAAGGUAACAUCUCCACUAGUGUGAAACAGGAAGUGUCGUCUGUGAGCAGCCAUGGGCCAGAGAGCUGUGCUUCUGCUCAGUGAGCUGCUGCUGCUGCUGCUGACAGCCUCACGCACUCUCCUCGCAGUCAGCUUCCCAGAGGACACCGUACCCCUCGAUGUUGUUGAUGCACACUUUUCACGGAGGUACCCUGUGUUCAGAGGCAGGCCCUCUGGCAACGAGUCACAGCAUCGCCUUGACUUUCAGCUGAUGACCAAGAUACAGGACACUCUGUUCAUCGCUGGCAGAGAUCAGGUGUACCUAGUCAGUCUGAGAGAAUCCUACAGGAAUGAGAUCAUUCCUUACCGGAAGCUUACAUGGCGAUCAGGCCAAGCUGACAGAGAGAUGUGUGCCGUCAAAGGAAAACACAGAGACGAGUGCCACAACUUCAUCAAAGUGCUUGUUCCCAGAAAUGAUGACCUGGUAUUCAUCUGUGGUACCAAUGGCUUCAACCCCAUGUGCAGAUACUACAGGCUGGAUAACCUAGAGUUUGAUGGCGAGGAGAUCAAUGGACUGGCACGAUGCCCAUUUGACUCCAAGCAAACCAACGUUGCCCUCUUUGCUGAAGGGAAGCUGUAUUCUGCAACUGUAGCGGACUUCCAGGCCAGUGAUUCUGUCAUCUAUCGUAGUAUGGGUGAUGGAUCAGCUUUGAGGACCAUCAAAUAUGACUCCAAAUGGCUGAAAGAACCUCAUUUCCUGCACGCAGCAGAGUACGGGAAUUAUGUGUACUUUUUCUACCGAGAGAUUGCAGUGGAGCACAGCAAUCUGGGCAAGGUUGUGUAUUCUCGUGUGGCCCGGAUCUGUAAGAAUGACGUCGGUGGGUCACAGCGGGUGCUGGAGAAGCACUGGACGUCUUUUGUGAAGGCGAGGCUGAAUUGCUCCGUGCCAGGGGAGUCCUUCUUCUACUUCGAUGUGCUUCAGUCGAUCACUGACAUCAUCAAUAUCAACGGAGUUCCGUCUGUAGUGGGUGUGUUCACCACACAGAUGAACAGUAUCCCAGGUUCAGCAGUGUGUGCCUUCUCCAUGGCCGACAUAGAGAAAGUAUUCUGGGGUCGGUUCAAAGAGCAGAAGACUCCUGACUCUGUGUGGACUCCAUUCCCAGAGGAGAAGUUACCCAAACCUAGACCCGGUUGCUGUGCAGGUCAUGGUCCAGCUGCAUCCUUUAAGAGCUCCAUCGAGUUCCCAGACGAUACCCUGCAGUUCAUCAAGUCCCACCCCCUCAUGGACACAGCUGUGCCUUCUAUUGGGGAUGAGCCUUGGUUCACAAAGACUCGCGUCAGGUACAGACUGACAGCGCUGGCUGUGGACAAUGAAGCAGGACCUCACAAGAACUACACAGUGGUGUUUAUCGGGGCUGAGUCGGGGGUUGUCCUGAAGGUUUUGGCCAAGACCUCCUCCGUGGCCCUGAAUGACAGCCUGCUUUUGGAGGAGAUAGAUGUCUUCAACAAGGCAAAGUGCCUGUCUAACCACGAGGAUGACAAGCGUGUCCUCUCGCUGCACGUGGACAAAGACGCACACAGCCUGUAUGUCGCCUUUUCAAGCUGUGUCAUCCGUAUUCCCCUGAGUCGCUGUGAAAGGCAUUCUUCCUGCCACAAGUCCUGCAUUGCAUCAAGGGAUCCUUACUGUGGCUGGAAGCCUCAUGGAGCCUGUGAGAGGAUACAGCCUGGUGACUUGACUGAAUAUGAGCAGGACAUUGAAUUAGGAAAUACUGCCCACCUGGGUGACUGUCACGCGUUUUUGGGCACUACAUCAGCGCCAGAUUACAAAUCAUUUGGCGACCCUACCUCUGACAUGGAGUUUUCAUCAACGCCAGUCACUGUCCACCCCAGUGGGCCCAUACACCCCCCAGUACUCAUACCCACUCAGAGCCCCAGCUCUGGACCUGGUCCAGAGCUCUACGGCUCAGGCUUUGUGCUGCAGGAUGACCCAGCCACCUCCCAUUCUUUAGACUCUAUCCCAGGGGGCCAAGAGGGUGUGUGGGAUAUCCAAGCAGGUGAGACCAACCAGAUGGUCCACAUGAACAUCCUCAUCACCUGCGUGUUUGCUGCUUUUCUCAUGGGUGCUCUCCUGGCUGGUCUGAUUGUUUUCUGCUACCGAGACUCAUUCCUCCGUAAGCCAAGACAUGUCCGCAAGGACGCAGAGUCAGCACCAUCCUGCUCCGACUCCACUGGGAGCUUUGUUAAGCUCAACGGCCUCUUUGACAGCCCUGUAAAGGAGUACCAAACCAACAUUGAUUCUCCCAAGCUGUACACCAAUCUGCUGAGCAACGGCAAAGACCUGAAUACACCUAAUGGUGACACCAAGACUAUGAUCCUGCGGGAUGGCUGUCAGCCCCCUGAGUUGGCUGCCCUGCCUACACCUGAGUCCACCCCUGUGCUUCAACAGAAAGGCCUGCAGCCCAUCAAAAACCAGUGGGAAAGGGCUCAAGGGAAGGUCAGUGGGCCUCGCAAGGAGUCCAACUCAUCGGCCAAGAGUCCUCAGUUCCUUUCUUCUGCUGCUGCUCCUCCUAACUCCAACUCCCACCAACCUCACCUUGCGCUGGGACACUCCCACAUCCCUAGUGCAGUUGUCCUGCCCAAUGCCACACAUGACCAUCCUAACUUUGACAAUGGAGAUGAUACACUGCCACAUUCUUCUGAAACAAAGCUGAAGAAUCCAGAUUCUAAGGGAGGUAGGAAAGACCAAAAGAGGUCUGUGGAUGCUAGAAAUACCCUAAAUGACCUUUUAAAACACCUCAAUGACUCUGUGGCCAACCCCAAGGCCAUUCUUCAAGAGGCAUCAGGGCCCCGUCCAAGGCCACAGCUCACACUGGAGCCCAUGGAGGAACUGACUGAAGUACCCCCUAGGGUGCCCAGCCGUGAGGCUUCCCUGUACUCUCCCUCCUCCUCACUGCCGAGGCACAGCCCCACCAAGAGGGUUGAUGUGCCCAUGCCCACCACUCCAACAACACCAACAGGCAGCCUGAGCAUGGGGGGCACCCUGGAGAGGCAAAGAGGGGGUUAUCAACUCCACCGGAGUGCCUCUCACAGGCACUCCUUAUCCACCUCACCAAAUGGGGUAACCAUGGGGGUGUCUGUGUCUCGCCAACACAGUAUGAACAGAGGGGGUUACAUGCCCCCAACACCCCCCUCCAGACUUGACUCCCAUGGCGGAGUGAUGGGGGCAGGAAUGCACUCAGCCCACCCAUCCUCUGUAUCCCGACAGAGCAGCUACAGUGGGCAUUGCUCACUCCCUCGCACGGGACUUAAACGGACCCCAUCGCUAAAGCCAGAUGUGCCCCCAAAACCCAACGGGUUUUCACCACAGACUCCACAGAUGCGAGUGGUCAAUAAGUACAGUUAUUAAAAGAGCAUGGACACUUCUGAGUGAGCUCUUGGCCUUGACUGUAGAGCUUUGAGCCCUGGGGGCUUGGGGUUGGGGCUAUGGAUGGGGUAGGGCCUAUUGUGUGUUUGUGUAUCGACUUGAGGUGUGGUCCCCCUUUAAAUGAUAUGCACAUUCACUCACACUAAAAAGGGAAAUCACACAUGUGGCCAAAGAUACUCCUUGGGGCUUUUUCGCUCCCUAUGUCUCCAUCUCGCUCCCUUGUCACGGUAGCCACAGGAUAUGAACAGUGGACAGUGGUGAAUCUGCUGCUCCCAAUUGUGUCUGAGCUCUGGUGUUGCCCGUUCAGAUAUUAAGUACGAGGUUUAGGACACUAGCUGGGGCAGCUAUGGCGUCUGUGCAUGUGGUACCAGGUUAAAAACAGUGGAAUACUUGAAGAACGGGUCUCAUUUGUUACUGCCCUUGAGCACUGUCUUCCCACUAAUGUGAACUGAACAAAGAGGAGAGGUAGCCAUGCCUUUGUUAAAAAGAUGGCUGGGGGCAGGGGAGAGGAUACCCAAAAAUCAUUGUGUGCGUGUUGCUUAAGAUACAUAUGGCCACAAACAGCAGAAUCAAGCAGCAAGCGAACAAAGAAAAAGAGCAAAUUAAUGUGUGAGUGUGUGUUGGUUGAUUGGAAAGCAGAUUUUUGUAAAGGCAGUACACAUAAUUGGCUUUCACAUUUGGUUAUUAAGAGUGGUGCCACAUGCCAGAGGAUGCACCUUAUGACCUGUCUAAGAAGUCACUGUCUCUCAUUUCAACAAUAUUAGCUCUUUCUGCUCUUGUUUUAACCCACCUGAACCGAUCCUAAACCUUAUUUUUGUGUCACUUUAUAGUGUUUCUAGUAAUUAGGUUAGGCUGAAUUGAAGUUGGUCAUGCUGGGUGUAUACUGGGACAUUGACUCUGUAACACACUGGGAAAUUUUACAUAGUACAUUUGCUGCUAUUGGUUUUAGACAUAAGUGUUUGUCUUUGAUUUUUUUUCUCAACCAGACUUGGGUAGCCCUUGAUAUGGGUGCGCACAUCUGCUUGUGUGUGAGUGUGAGUGUGUGUGUGUUAUAUUGCAGACAGAGGCCAAGAAGUACAGUUUUCAGCAACCAAACGCACUGUUAAAACUGAUAAAUGGGAAAACAUGUUUCUCUCCAGAACCGAAACCUCCCCUAACCUCCACUGCCCCUUUGUAGGAAUUAUACUGGUGGUUCAAGAGACUUCUUUCUUUAUGUAGCAAUGGUAUUAAGAAAAAAAAACAUACAUUUCUCAUCUCAUUCUAUAAAUGAAUUUUGAACAAAGUGAUUUGCCUUUAUAAUGUUUUACUGUGUUAUUUAAGGAAUUUACCAUAUGAAACUAAAGCAACACCAAUGGUUUAGCCCAUGUAUAUGAAUUCAACAUUUCAGGGCACCUCUGUUCUGUUAAACUCGUGUGUCCCUUAAUAGAAGAACACUAGAACUUUCCUCCUACAUUAAUCCUAUUAAAAGGUAUAUUAAACUGACCCUAGAACAAUAUGUGGAUGUAACACCUCUGUCAUCUGCCAUGCUGGUUCUGCAGCCCAUGUUCCCUGUGCAGCUUCCCUGCGAGUGGCCAGUGUACAAUCAACACAACAUUUACCAAUGUGUCCAAAUGAGUCAUGCUGGGAAUGACAAGAUCCUGUAUAUACUUAAAUAUUAUAAAUAGGGAGUAUAAAUAUUUUUAGGCAAGUGAACCUGAAUCUGUGCAUUGUGUGCCUUAUUCACAAAAUGAACUACUACAGUAUAUAAUAUUGGCAAUGUCAAUUGGUCCUCUGUAUGUUAUUGUCAUAUACUAUAUAAACAAUUUUUAUAUAAGCCAUUUGAAAAUCAGCAGGAUGUGUUGUAAAAUCACUACCUAAUCCAAACCGAAAAUAUGUGGAAAACAAAUUGUCUGACAAACAUUCCAUCUGUGAAUGCUAGUUGUACAAAAGGACAGUCAAAACACAUUAAUUUGGGGUAUAAAUCAAUUUUUGUCCUUUACUGCCGGUGUUGAAAAGAAGUUAAUCCACCACAUAAGAGGUGCCAUGCAGUGAAUGUAUUUUCUUGACAGUGGGAUGUAGGGUGGUUAGACCUUGUACUGUGGAGCAGUCGACUCAACGCAGCACAUCCUGCCCACAUCCAAUGUAUUAACAGUAUUCAUGUGAAAGCCAUCUGUUGGCAUGGGCGGUGGUCACACAGAAUCUGCAAUUCCCCAGGAUUGCAGUGGCAGGAAUUGUUUCUAUCGGCCAGUAGGGACGACUGAGGGAUCCUUUCUCUCAGAAAUGGGUACAUUAUUUGGGUGACAUCUGCAAUCCUAUCCGAGUGUCAGUUGCCUGUUUAGCCCAAAGCCACAUUUUGUUUACAAGUGAUGAUUGUAUGUAAAGACUUUCUGCCUGUCAUCUAACCAGUGUUUGGGCUCUCUUUUCUACUCGACACAUGCACACUGACAUCACAAACAUACAGUCAACAUACACUGCUCAACUGCCUUGUACAUUGCAAUAUGAACUGGGUCUUUCUGUUGCAAUCUAAAUUGAAGCCUUUAUAUUUCAGUCUGAGCUCAGUGUAUGUGCAGAUGUGCAGAUGAACCGGAUUUUGUCAUGUCAUUUUGAUUUAAAUACUGUGCAACAUGGCGAUGCAAAGCCAGCUGUAUAUAUGAUCUCCAGAGUAUUUGAGCGUGUAGAUAUGUUGUAAAGUUGUACUGUGAAUGUGUAAAUAAUAAUGAUGGUCUUUGUUUCAUGAUAUUUUUUGUUGAUUUUUUUAACACGGCAUGUAUAGUUGAAAUAAAACAUUACUGCACAGAA